AUGAAAGUAGAUAUGAGAUAAUACAGUUUUGAGAAUGUCAAAAUUAGAGAUACCACUUUGGUUGGCGGAAAUUUUGUAAGAUGCAAUUUUAAUGGAUCAGAAUUUGACAAUGUAUACAUUAGUGGAAUGAAUUUGAGUUAGACUUAAUUAUUUAAUUGUAAAUGGAAAAAUAUCAAAAUACAUGAGUUAAAUAAAUUAGAUGGUCAUGAUGGAAAAGUCAAUUAGGUAUGCUUUUCUUCCGAUGGUAAAUCAUUAGCUUCUUGUAGUGAUUAUAAUUUGAUUAUAUUGUGGGAUGUUAAAACUGGAAAAGAAAAGUCGAAAAUUAGAGUCAAGGAAAAUGUAAAAUCAAUUUUCAGCAUUGGAAAAUUUGUGUAUUUAUGGAAUCUUAAAACAGGAAAGGAAGUUAUCUAAAUUAAAAUGGUCAUUUUGAAUGAUGUUAAUUCAAUUUGUUUCUCUCCUAAUGGUACUAAAAUAGCAUCUGGUAGUGAAGAUAAGUCUAUCUGUUUAUGGGAUGGUAAGACAGGAUAAUAAAAAGCCAAAUUAGAUGGUCAUUUCAUCAAUAGUUUAUUCAGUCAAUUUGUCUCCCUGAUGGUACUAACAUUAGCAUCUGGUAGUUAUGAUGAGUCUAUUCGUCUAUGGAAUGUAAAAGCAUCAAAGAAAAUAAUCCAAUCAGAUAGUAGCUACAAAGAUCUGCUUACCCAGAUUAAAAUACCACUUCAGAAGAGCUCCUUAUUUGCAAAUGUUAAUCCUGAUCUUACAAUACUUAGAAUAUGUUAGAAUCCUUAGUUAGAAGCAUAAGGAACACUAAUCUUAUAAGGACAAUUCAUAAAUCAUUAAGGGGAAGAUUUAAAAUCAUUGUUUAAAUCCAAAGGAAGUUUCUUUUUAGAAGACUUAAAGCAAAAUGAAAUUGAAAUAUUCAUUAAGAACAAUACAAUUAAUAAUUUUAAUUAAUUUCUUAUGCCUUUUUUUUAAUAAUAUUAUUUUUUUGUUUCAAUCUUGAAUCCUCAUUUCCUAAUAUAGAUAAUUACAUAUUUUUCAAAAGUAUUAAUUUCAAGAUGUUUACUCGGACAUUGCUCUGUUGUUUCCACUAUUUGA